AUGAAGUUUGGUGCGUCCCUAGAAGAAGGAGGAGUUCCUGAAUGGAGAGAACAAUAUCUUGACUACAAGGCAGGGAAGAAACUUAUUAAGCGGUGCUUGGAUAUUAAAGAAGCCAAACAAAGUUCCGGGGGUAAUUAUAAUACCAGUCACAAUGCUAUUGAUGAUUCAACGCCUUUACUUUUCCCUUCAACCGACAGAAGGACUUAUAGUGCCGGUAAGGAUGCCAAGUACAACAAUCAUGCAGAGACUGUAACAGAUACUAGUAUCAAAAGCCGACUUAACCUAAGGAGACCAUCAAUCUUUAAUUAUGCCCUAUCAUCUAAAAGUGGCGGUGGUGGCGGUGGUGUUGGCAUUUCUGAGGAAAAGGAGUUCACCAAAUGGUUAGAUGGUCAGUUGGAUAAGGUAAAUUCGUUUUACAAAGAGAAGGAGCAAGAUGUGUUUGAAAGAUUUUUGUUCUUACAAGAUCAAUUGUACCAAAUGAAGGAACAGAAACGAUAUCUCAGUACCACCAAGAGAGCUCCUCCCAAAGCUUUAAAUGGAAAUGUAUAUUCUAAAAUCAGUAAAGGUACUCAGCUAGCGUUCUCCAAAUUGGAUUUACCUUCACUACCUUCGGGAACAUUCCUUGAUAAAUGGAGAUCAAAUAAGAAACAUUUAACUGAUGAGAUGUCUAUGAAAUCUUCCAGUAGUGAUGAUUUUGAUAUAAAUUACAAUGAAAAUAGAAUAAGAAAUGGUAUUGAUCGGUAUGAUAAUAGCGAUGAAGCUUCAUUGGAUUCUGAAUCUUAUGACGAAGAUUUAACUUCGGAACCUAGUCAAUUCCCAGUGCAAAUACAAGAACAAGAGCAAGAAUCACCUUCUCAAAGAGCGCAAGCCAGGAAAAGAGAUUACUCAGCAAAGAAAAGACGAUUUGGUGUUCCGUAUGUUCAUGCUAGGAAGCAAUUGAAAUUGGCAUUACUUGAACAUUAUCGAGCAUUAUCUUUAUUGAAAUCUUAUAGAGUACUCAAUCGUACUGCCUUCCGGAAAAUCACCAAAAAAUAUGAUAAAACAAUGAAUACAAAAUUGAGUGGUCCAUAUAUGAAGAAAGUCGAUACUGAAGCCUAUUUCAUGACUAGUGAAACUCUUGAAAAGCUUAUAAGUCAAGAUGAAGAACUGUAUAUCAGUUUCUUUGACCCGGAUACUCCAGAUCGAAAGCAUUCUCUUGAAAAGUUAAAGAACAUCACUUACUCAAUGAAUUUGGGCGAUAUGAAACCUCCUUCAUAUUAUUAUUCAUAUUUUGUUUCUGGGAUCUUCCUUGGUAUUUCAAUACCAUUGAUUGCAAUUGGACUAUAUUUGGCACUCACCAAAACUAUCAACAAGGACAUGUACGAAGGGAAAUAUUUAUUUCAGAUAUGGGCUGGGUUUUUCUUUCUUAAUUUAAUGGCCCUAUUAUUUGGUGUCAACUUGGGAGUGUUUAGCAAAUUCAAAAUCAACUAUAAGUUUAUUUUUGAGUUUGAUAUGGCUACAGUUUUAGAUUGGAAACAAUACCUAUUUAUUCCUUGUUUGGGUAUGGCACUUUUACUGAUUUUAUUUUGGUGCAGUUUCAGCAACUUCUUCCCUCUGACAUUCCCUGGUCGUGAUUGGCCGUGGAUAUAUUUUGGAAUCAUGUUGGGGAUAUUAUUUUGGCCAGGUGAACAAAUGUUUGGUAAGGCUCGAAAAUGGCUCCUUAUUGCAUUAUGGAGAUUAUUACUUUCCGGGUUUUAUCCUGUUGAGUUUAGAGAUUUUUUCCUAGGAGAUAUUUUCUGUUCAUUGACUUACUCAAUGGGUAAUAUCUCUUUCUUCUUCUGCGUUUAUGGUAGUCAUUGGAAAGGCUUAUUAGGGCGCGGAGGGCUGAGUUCAUGUGGAUCUCACAGAUCUCAUGUCAUGGGAUUCUUAUCAACUCUCCCCAGUAUUUGGAGAUUCUUACAAUGUGCUAGACGUUAUAUGGAUACUGGAGAUUGGUUUCCACAUCUUGCCAACAUGUUGAAAUAUGCUAUUGGUGCAAUGUACUAUAUUUUCCUUAGUAUUUACCGUAUCCAGAGACUAGAAUGGAAUCGAGUUGUUUUCAUAGUGUUUGCAAGCAUUAACUCUAUAUUUUGUUCUGCAUGGGAUAUCAUUAUGGAUUGGUCUUUAUUACAGAGUGGGUCUAAGCAUCCAUAUUUACGAGAUCAUUUAUUUUUUAAGAAUCCAUCGUAUUAUUAUGCAGCUAUGAUCCUUGAUGUCCUUCUUCGGUUCCAAUGGAUCUUUUAUGCAUGCUUCCUGCAACAAAUCCAACAAUCGGCCGUUACCAGUUUUGCUAUUGCAUUGGCGGAAAUAUUCCGAAGAUUUAUUUGGAUAUUCUUCCGGAUGGAGAAUGAACAUUGCACCAAUGUUAUAUUAUUCCGAGCUUCAAGAGAUUCCCCCUUACCUUAUGCAAUUAGUUAUAAGGUUGAAAGGGCAAUCCGGAACCUUAUCAAGGUUAAGUAUGGACUUAGCGAUCUGCUGCUUCCUUUUGAUCAAGAGAUUUACGAUAAUAGAGGGUCUAGAACAACUUCUUUCCAACAACAGUCUUUGACUACUACUGGACAUUUAGACGAGGAACAAGGUGGUGGAGGAGGACUAGUUAAAUUGAAACCUACAGAAUCAAGAAAGUCAUCAACAACCGUGAGAAGAAGUACAUUGGCAAAUAUCAGUGAAGUCUUAAACAAAGCACAUAUUAAAGACUUCCAAAGACAAAAGACCAUUGCAUCAUCAGCUGAUGAUUCUGAUGAUGAUUCUGAUGAAGAAUCUGUUGUUACCAAAGGAACGACACAACGUUCUGAUGCAUUACCUUCCAUUGAUGAACAAAUGGAAGAUUAA